AUGGCUGCAGUUGGUCCUGGCGGGCUACCCAUAGCGGCAGCGGGGACGCAUCCUCUUUCGCUAGAACCGUCUGAGAACUGGGACGAUGAUUUUGAGUUUCAACCCGACGCGGCAGGCAACGGGAACUCGAGUUCUCGCUCUAAACCCAGCAAGAAGCGACGACACGCACAUACGGGCGGCGGAGGGGCGGGUGACAUCAGGAAGCUAUCUGUGGCGAGCAGCAUGCUGACGGAAGACUGGGAUGCGGAUCCCGAUGGGGAGGUAGAUGAGCUCGGAAACAUGCUCGCAUCAUCGUCCAUAUCGAUUUCGAAUCUGCAAACCCCAGAGCGAGGAGGAACUAGGACGCGGAAGAAACAGGCAGAGGUGACGGAGAACUGGGACGACGACUUUGAAGACGCGCUCAAUUCUCCAGAUAAAGGCGUGCACGAGCAGCGACAACGCGGUACUGCUUCUUCAUCGCAUCCGCUUCCCGGCUCGAACUCGCCGCACUGGGAUGACGAGGACGAGCAAGUUCCCGACUCGCGGCGACUGCAGCGCCCGUUGCAGCCUCUACAGCUCAAUCCCCAGCAUCAACCCCAAGACGAAGAUGAUUUCCACGAUGAUGAAUUUGGAUUGUUCCCGGACGACGAGGAAGACAGGACAGUGACUGCCAAAUCGCGUCGAGCCAUUGGGGCCACGGCUAGGCGAUCACUGCAGCAGCAGCACCAGAAUACACCGCCGCCGCCUGUACCCGCUCUCCCACCCAGCCUCUUCCCCCCUUCUAUUUCCCACCCUCACCCGCCGAUGCCCCGCUUGAACAGCGCUGCAACCACAGAUCGCUCCCGCUCACCCUCUUCCUCUGUAUUUUCAGUCCCCAAUACCAUAGCUACCGCGCACACCUAUUCAUCCACCGCACACCUACGUCCCAUAUCGCCGGCUUCACCUACUUCUGCAGCAUUUCCGUCUUCCUCACGGACCAACAACGCGCGGAACAACAACCCGUACGGCCACGCUGGCUCUGGCUUUGCCCUACUCCCACCAUCUCCACCGAUACAUAAAGAAAGAGAGAGGCGGCGGCUGAGGAAAAAGAGCCGACCGAAACCCGGUCCGAAGGAGGGUAUGUUUGAGUUGGUGGAUGUGAUUGCUAGCGGAGACGACGCCGCGAGCGUUGCACAUUCCCUUGGUGCAGGGCGAAGCUCGCGAGAGAGGUUCGCUGGAAUGGGGAUGGGGUCUAGGGAAAGGCUGGGAUACGGAAUGAGCUCCAGGGAGCGACUUGGAGUUGGGAGUACAGAGAGUCUUGGUCGAAUCGCUUAUGAUUUGGAAAGACGACGAUUUUCGGUAGAGGAGGAGAGGGAAGAAGGCGUCGAAGAGGUUGACGAAGAUCAGGACAAUGUGGGGGUCGGCGGUGGUGCUCCCCGAUAUGAUGCAUCGCCGCUGUCGGACGUGUCCUCUACGGCCCAAGGUGGCGCGGGGCCGCACUCAUAUACCGUGCCUGUGACGCCGACCAAAGGCUCGUCGUCGACUGGAGGCGGAACUGGAUUACUGAGCCGCAUCGGAAGUGUGAAGAAAUGGGGCGCAGGGGUACGCGCGAGACGGCGCGGAGGAAGUGUUACGCCGGCUGAUAUCCUUGAAUCCCAACCGAACCAGAACGAGCGCACACCGCGCCCCCAAUCAUCGCUUUCCUCCUUUCACCCUUCCUCACUCUCAUCCCACCAGCAACAGCCUUAUCCAGCGCCGUUUCCAGCUUCCAACCCCAUCUCCCUCUCGUCGUCACUCACAACGCCCAAAAGCAUCGUCAAACCGAAACGACACUCCGCGGGCAAUCCUUCGUCGUUGACGACAGGUUCCCCUCCAGGCAAUUCAGGAACCUGGUUUUUUCGCGCCCCUGGCUCUACUUCGGGAAGCCCUCGGAGGGCGAGCGCCAGCGCUGUUGACGCGUCUACUGCCCGCGCAGGCAUCAUGCGUGGAUCAGGAACACCCUCGGCAGGAGGAGGAACCGGGCUGGCGAGAGGAUCGAGCACGCGCACGACGGGGAGUACGCGGUCCCAGUCUAGUCGGGGGCAUAGCCGGAGCCGGAGCCGGAGUCGCGCCGGGGCAAGUGCGCGAGCUCCCGGAGGAGGCUCUGGAGGUGGUGGUGGAAAUGACGACCUUGCAUUUUUCGAGUCAGGUUCUGGUCCUGCAGGAGGAGUUGCAAGCGCUUUCCAGCUGAGAGGCGCAAAUAUGAGCAGCGUGGCCAGUGGAACGGGAGCUGGUGCAGGUACGGCUACACCCAGCAAGCUCAUCAAGCGGAAGAGUCUGGGAUUCGUCAAACUUGGGAUGGGAUUCGGCGGUGGAGUAUCAUCUUCGACGAGCGAUGCCGCGGCGCAGCCACAAACUCCCAGCAAAACUAGAUACGAUGGGCUUGGUCUCGGCCGUGCAGGUGCAGGCGGGGGUACAGGUACUAUUACGGGUGGAGAUGAGAGAGAAGGGAUCGAACGGGAGAAUCAGCGUCAGCCUGAUGUAGGUGAGAGAAGUCGGAGUAAGUCGUUCUCGCGGUUUUUGAAGGACCGUGGAGAUGGUGGUGGUAGUGGGGUUGCAAGCGAGACUCUAUGCCCACCGUCUGCAACCGGCUCCAACCCAGUAUCAUUGACUGCAUCGGCUUCAGCCGCGUCCUCGCCGUUUGUGCUUGUAGAUACCACGCCUAAUGCUCCUCAACCUCAGCAUCAUUCGCGUGCAAAGCUGCCCCCAACGACACCGACUCCUCAUUCACACCUUAAGGAUAAAGAAGGAAGUAGGGGCUUCAUGCAGUCCAUGCGCAGACUCAGUUUAGUUGGUGCUGCUGUCGGUGUGGGAAGGCACAAGCGGUCGAAGUCGGGCGGGACGACGCUGGACGAGCACGCAGCGCCAUCUGGAGUCGAACAGGACCGACGGGGAUCUGUUGUUCCUACUUCCGUUAGUGGAACACCCAGUGUAAAUGGGAACGGGGACAACAAUUUUCCUUAUUCCCUUCCGCCAUUACCUGCUUCCACUAGCCAACUGUCCUUGAGGCUUCCUUCAAACUCAAACUCGUAUACGUGGAGGAUGGUAUCUAGCUCCAGUCAGAGCCAGAGUCAAACUCAAAGCAGACGCAGCUCAGUCCUUCCCGCAUCGUCGACGUCGUCCUUGGUGCGUGCACCCUCACUGUCGCGCACACCUUCGUUGUCGCGCACACCGUCACUGGCUAGGGAGCGGAAAGUGGAACGCCACAGUCACCGCGGGGCAGAUAAAGAACGAGCUGUCCCGGGAAGUGCGGGUGGAGGGAGCGCGAGGAGGGGCAGGGCAUCUGAAGAGGGUCCACGGCGAUCGUCGAUUGGCGUUGCUGCAGGGAUGGGAAGCGUGGGUGGUGUGUCAGAUGGAAGGGCGAGAGCGAGCUUGGACUUCGAUUUCGGGGCACAGAUCGUACAGGCUGGGGUGCGAGAACGUGAGAGGCUAGAGAAGGAGAAGGAGAAGGAUAUAGACAAAGAGGGUAAGAACAUGUCCACAACAAUUGCAACAACAACAGCGGCAUCGGUAGCACCUACAGUAAGUGUAGGCAUGCUCCUUCCACCCAUCGAACUCCAGCCACCCUCGCCACCAGAAACAGUCACACUACCCGCCGCUGCCCGUCGAUCAAGGGCAAGCAUUGACAUGCAGUUGUUCGAAAACCCAGCGUCCAAUAUCAACACUCUUGGGUCGGCGUUCUCGUUGGGCGCGCCGAAGACGGCGACGACGACACUUUCACCCACAACAUCGACAUCCUCCAUUUUCUUUACGCCAAAUUCGUCGCCGCAUCCACCGGCAUCGCCGAGUAAGAAUACCGGUGCGGCAGUCAGUGGCAGUGGCAAUAAGCUUGCUGUGGGGUAUUCACCGGGGAAAUCACCAUCAAGACAGUCUGCUUCGCUUGGUCGGGCGACAUCGCCUGGUCAAGUUGGUGAUGGAGGAACUCCGGGAGGUGCCAUUGGUGAUAAAGGAGCGAAUGUCAACGGGAAUGGGAUUGCAGGUCCACCGAGGAGGAACUCAUUGGGCGAUUUGAAGAUCCCUGCUCGUAUCAGUCAGGCACAGGUUGGGUUGAGAAGGGAUCUGGGCAUGGUGCGAGAGUUUGCGAGUAAUGUCGAGCAGCUUAAGGAGCUCAUGGAGAAAUACAACACUCUGGUGGCAGAAGUGCAAACUAUUCUUGAUACUCAUGCCCAGCGACACGCGCGGUUGGCUGUUGAAGCUGCAGCAGUUUCACCGCCUUCUCAACGGGCAACAUCCCCCUCUUUCUUCGCCAAUUUAUCAUCUAAAGCCAAGAGCCGAGGUAGAUCCAACACAAAUCCAUCGUCUACUCCCCCCAACUUGCAACCCGCCACCACUGCGCCUCCCCCCGACGUGACAACGUCUCAGUUCGCGUACAAGGACAUGGCGUCCGCAUUUUACACAAUUAAUUCGCGGUACAGAAUUUCAUGGGAAUGCGCUGAGCUCCUCAUAGAGCUUGGCGGCGGGGGACCGUCGUCCGGUGAUUCUGGUGGACAUGCGACUGCUCAGGCCAAUUCGCCCCCUCCGACUAGCUCCUCUGUGCCUGUAACGCGGCAUAUUGAUCACGACCCCAACGCCACACCAAAUGGGAAAAGAGGACGCGAACGGGCAAUCACGCUCGCUGGCGACGAAGGGAAACCCUCCAUUCCAAUGUCGCCAUCUAGCUCACACGGAUUGGCAUCCAGUCCUGCAACAGUAAGUGGUGGGCCACCACCACCACACGCUUCUCCCCCGGCCAACACGUCGUGGCGUGCGUCCACGGGCCGCCACGAUCUUAGCCACCGCCAGUUGGUACUCCUUCGCGAGAUGUUGAAUAAUUCCAACGCCACCGCCGUCGUUGAUGCGGAGGAGUCAGAUCUAUUUAUCCCUGAAGACUCAAUAUCACCUGCACGCCAGUCGUCACAAGCUAUCAAUCGUGAUUGGCGAUGGGGUGAUGCGCGGAACAGUACAAUCACGCUGCCUUCGGAGGAGAGCACCGGGCAUAGAUUUGGCACUGCACAGCAAAAUGCGGAUGUGGGAAAUCAGCCAACGGUGAACGACAAGGAGAAGGAGAAGAAGCGAGGAUUGUUGGGUAUGGCCGGGAUCAGGGAUAUGCUCCGGGCGAUAAAAAAGAGCCAAACUGAAGUUCAGAGCUUGGCUAUGGUUGAGUCUUCAACAGAGAGCCAACAACCAGUGCAUUCGGCAUUCCAUUCGACAGCGUCGCUGAGUACUCAAUCUUCUGCUGGAAGUCGAAGUCGCCAUCGGUAUGCACAUCCUCGUGUUCCGAGUCAGUUACGGCGGCGGGGGAAGAGCAGUACUGGUCCCGAGUCUGUUCGUUCGACGACAAAAGAUCGGAAUCCACACCAUCAAGACGACCAGUACAGCCCGCCACCGCCGUUCAACCCUCCCAUAAAAGCCUCUCCGCGCCGACCGUCGCUGGCGUCUAUCUUUAGAAUUGGCAACAAGCAUAGACCAGUCAGUGUUACUCAUGAUUCCUCGGCGACGGAUACUGGGUAUGAUGGUGAUGUUCCUACUCCUACGACUGGAGGCACGGCUACUGGAGAGGAAAGCAGCUCGAAUGGUGAAGAAGAAGACUGGGACCGUAUGGAUUCUGCGUCCGAUUUGGAUGCUGCUGCUCGUGCGCUCGGCAUUGAUGGAUCCGCCACAGUACGUGGUUUGGGUGAAAAAAAGCGUCGAGGUGUAGCGGUGGCGAAGGGAAGGAGUCCGUACCUCUAUCAUGAUACAUAUCAGCCACCACUGCCGUUGCCAAUUCCCGGCUCCGCGUCUUCUGCAGGGUACUCGCUGGCGCAGUCACAGUCGCAAUCUCAGGCGAAUCUCCAUACCAUCAUCCCAAAGCGUUCUUUCAUCGUCUCACAGUCUUCGCUGUGGACUAGCGAACAUUAUCAUCAAGGUUCUCCUCUUGACACAUCACAUAUGCCUUCUCGGACAACGAGACUUUCGAACGUGGAAGAACAUAGUGACAAUCCAGUUGCACAUCCCCGUGUCUCGUCCCACCCUAUUGCUGUGUCUCCUCGUCCUGGAUCUUCGCGCUCACACAACCCCCAGUCGGACAUCAAAAGCGGUUCGGUGAGAUCCAUGCCCCCGCAGCUGGCCGCCUCUUCUACCUUGCCCCUGCCCGGUACUGCUGAUAUUUCGAGGCUAGCUAUGACCCCUGAAAAUAUCAAACCACUUCUGGAGAACGCAAAAGAAGUACACGCGCGUCUUGCAGAAUGCAUCGACGAGAUUCAGAGCUUGCUUCAACGGACCACCCUCGCAGCAUGA